AUGCGUGGACACUUCUGGGCCGUACCGGCCGUACUGGCCGCCGUCAUUGACUCGGCCGCUUCCAAGCCAGUCACCACCACAACGGCAAGCCCAACUGUCCCUACCAGCGAGCCUUGUGCCAUUGUGAGCAGCUCAUGGGCUUCCCAGAAGGCUGCCAACCCGUCAGCUACCCCAACUGUGGCAGCGGCUCUUGCUUAUGAGUGCUUGAACUCGAUCCCUCUCGGAAAGGCUGCCGCUAUCGAGCUCGUGGAUUCGCUCAGGCCCUACAUCGACUGGCAGAGUGACUCGGCAUACAAGACCAAGCCGCCCAGAGAGUACCCUUACCCGGGUUACGACCUCUUUGGCGCUCUUGAUAACGUCAAGGCCAAGCUGCAGGCGAACCAGUACGCCAACGAGUAUCAGUUCCAGCAGGAGCUGUACACCACCGUCUUCGGCCCCGGCCACGACGGCCACUUCGUCUUCUACCCGGACGCCCUGACCCGCGUGUUCGAGUGGCGCCGCCAGCGCUCCCUGAUCUCCAUCAGCGAGGAUGGCAAGUCCCUGCCCGUCAUCAAGGUGUACGAGGACGUGCUCGCCAACCCCAAGACCGCCUCCGUCGUCAAGCUGAUCAACGGCAUCGACGCCGCCACCUACCUGGCCAAAACCAUCGACGCCGCCGGCUUCAGCCAGGACCCCGACGCCAACUACAACUCCAUGUUCUACCAGAAGGCGACCUUUGCCAACAGCGGGUCCACGGGUUACUUCGCCAACGGCGGCCGUAUCAGGUACAUCUACCAGGGCGCCAACACCACCCUGACCUUCGCCAACGGCACCAGCGUGACUCUCGAGAACCAGGCGGCCGUCAAGGCCGACAUGACAGGCGUCGCCUCGGGCGCGGCCUACUACGCCAAGUUCUGCAACCCCAACGGCGUCUCCACCAUCGCCAGCUCCGCCGAAGCCGUCGAGGCCGCUCCCGCAGCGAACGUCCCCGGCUACCCCAAGCCGGUGAUCAUCACCUCUGACGCCGUCGUAUCCGGCUACUUCCUCGAAGGCAAGGGCUACGAAGACGUAGCCGUCAUCGCCCUGCUCGCCUUCUCCUCCGACUCCAUCGCCGAGUUCCAGGCCGUGGUGCAGGACUUCAUCGCCGAAGCCGUCGCCGCGGGCAAAACCAAGCUGAUCGUCGACUUCCAGAACAACGGCGGCGGCUACAUCCUCCAAGGGUACGACUUCUUCCGCCAGCUGUUCCCGUCCAUCGUGCAAGACGGCUACUCGCGCUGGAAGGAAACCGACUCGUACAACGCCAUGGCGCAGAUCGUGUCCGACCGCGUAGCAGGAAUCAACCCGUACACUAACCCCGACGGCGACCUGGUCGAGGACUACGAGUCCUGGUUCAACUACCGCUACGACCUCAACCUGACCAACCAGCCCUUCCGCACCUUCGACGCCAAGUUCGCCCCGCACAUCUACCAGAACACCAAAUACACCAAUCUCAUGCGCUGGGACCUCAACGAUAACCUGACCACCACCAACGACACGUACGGGAUGGGCAUCGAGAUCACCGGCUACGGGUCCCUCAACCCUUCCGUAGUGAAACAGCCCUUUGAUGCCGAUAACAUCGUCAUCCUCUACGACGGCGUGUGCGCCUCUACCUGCACCCUGGCUUCCGAGUUCUUGCGCAUCCAGGCCGGCGUCCAAUCCAUCGCCAUGGGCGGUCGUCCUAACCGUAACCUCAUCCAGGGCGUCGGCGGCGUCAAGGGCGCGCAGGUCCUGCAGUAUCGCAACAUUUACUCUUAUGCCAAGAAAUACCUCCCCUUCGCCAAGACCGAAGCGCAGAAGAAGGCUUUGUCCAAGUUCUCCCUUCUACCGAUCAACAGAUCGAGCUCGGCGGCGGUUAACGUGCGCGACCAGAUUCUGCGCGAUAACGUCAACGACGGCAUCCCGGCCCAGUUCGUGGUCGAGGAGUCCGAGUGUAGGCUGUUUUGGACGCUGGAUAUGGUCAAGGAUGUGAGCGCUGUGUGGAAGCGAGCGGCGGAUGUUGCUUUCAACAAGGGCAAGUGUAAUGUUGGUGGGAUCAAGGCUGGUAAGGGCAAGGGUCCCAAGCCGGGCCAUGGCAAUGGUGGCGGUCGCCCGGGAGCCGGUAAGGGUAAUGGAAAGGGUGGUAAGAGACUGUCGGAGAUUAUCAGGGAGGAGGAGUCGAAGAUGGGUGUUUCCAGCUUUGGACUGGGUAAGGGUGGUAAGAAGACGCAGCAGCAGAUUGAGGAUUGGGAGGCUGUUUAUCGGUUGGAGGUUAUUCCUUGA